GUUGCAAACGGGCUCCAAAGUCGAGACAAACACUGUACUUGCCCUAAUAUGUGACUGCGUAAUUCCCAGCACACUUCUUCCAAGCUCCAACCUUGUUCUGCCCUCCGUCGCGUCGCCUGAUCUCGCUUCUCACCCCUAAACCUCAGGUAGACGAUUACCCGCCGCGUAUCGACUGAUUUCUCCACAUUUUGUCCGCUGCAGUGUGGAGGAAGGGGUUGGAGUUGAGUGGAUUUACCGUUCCGUAGCAGAAUCAGAUCAGUGUUUUGACCACCUGUUGGAGUGGACGAAAUCAUGUCGUUUUUGAAGUCAUUGCCCAGCCCCUCGUUUGCCCCCAUUCAUAAAAGCCCUAUGCUGCGACAACCUCGCUCAUUCUCGGUGGCCGCCGUGCAGAUGGAUUCGAAAGAAGUGAAGCUCUGGGGUGGGCGCUUCGAGGAGAGUGUCACUGAUGUUGUUGAGAAAUUCACCGAGUCAAUCUCAUUCGAUAAAGCUCUCUACAAACAGGAUAUCUUAGGGAGCAUUGCUCAUGCUACCAUGCUUGCCUCUCAGGGGUUGAUCACAGAAAGUGAGAGAGGUGCAAUCGUGGAAGGGCUUGUCGAGAUCAGAAAUCAAAUUGAGAGAGGAGAGUUUGUGUGGAGGACAGACAGGGAGGAUGUCCACAUGAAUAUUGAAGCUGCACUUACUGACUUAGUUGGAGAACCAGCGAAGAAGCUUCACACUGCGCGAAGUAGAAAUGAUCAAGUUUCUACGGAUUUACGUCUAUGGUGUAAAGAUGCUGUUGUUGCAAUCAUGUCCCGAAUUAAGAAUCUUCAGGUUGCAUUGGUGAAGCUGGCAUUGAAGAAUGAGGGUCUAAUAGUUCCAGGCUAUACGCAUCUGCAAAGGGCGCAGCCUAUUCUUCUGCAGCAUCUUCUUUUAGCAUAUGUUGAGCAGCUUCAACGUGAUCUAUUACGUUUGAUUGACUACCGUGUGAGACUGAAUCACUGCCCCCUUGGUGCCUGUGCAUUAGCUGGCACUGGCCUUCCUAUUGACAGAAUUAAGACAUCCGAUGCCUUGGAAUUCUCACAUCCCCUAAGAAACAGCAUUGAUGCAGUUUCCGAUCGAGAUUUUGUUAUAGAGUUCCUAUCUGCAAAUGCCAUCACAGCCAUCCAUCUCUCUCGACUUGGUGAAGAAUGGGUACUGUGGGCAUCAGAGGAAUUUGGGUUUAUCACCCCUAGUGACUCUGUUUCAACUGGAAGCAGUAUAAUGCCACAGAAAAAGAACCCUGACCCGAUGGAACUCGUCCGAGGGAAGUCUGCUAGAGUUAUAGGUGACCUGGUUACACUUCUUGUAUUGUGCAAGGGCCUUCCUCAAGCAUACAACCGAGAUUUGCAGGAGGACAAAGAACCUCUAUUCGACAGUGUCAAAACAAUAAUUGGAAUGCUUGAAGUGACUGCAGAAUUUGCAGAUAAUAUCACCUAUAAUAAAGAGAGAAUCGAGAAAUCUCUGCCGGCAGGGCAUCUUGAUGCAACUACACUUGCUGACUACCUCGUCAAAAAGGGUGUACCAUUCCGGACUGCUCAUGAUAUAGUCGGUAAAUCUGUUGCUUUAUGCGUUUCGAGAAAUUGCCAACUCAAAGAUUUGAGCUUACCUGAUCUCAAAGCUGUAAGUCCGGAAUUCGAAGAAGACGUGUAUGAGUUUCUUGGAGUCGAAAACUCGAUCAAAAAGUUCACUUCAUACGGGUCCACAGGUUCAGAAUGUGUAGCUGAGCAAAUUCAUUAUUGGGUUCGUGAGUUAGGCUUGUCUUAGGCAGCAGAAGCAGCAAUCGUUAGUUUUUAUGAGGUUAGUGAAUGCAUACUUGCACAACUCUUUGGCUUAAACAAACAUUUUACUGAAUAAGAGAAGGGAGAUUAUUUUGCUCUUA